AUGGCACCCUCCACCAGUUUCAUCGCUCUCUGCGGCCUCUUUGUACAUUGCACUUUGACAUCGGCAUACACAUUGACGUCCUCGUACGAUCAUACUAAUUGGUAUACCAGCUUUACCUGGCACAAUGAGCCAGACCCAACCAAAGGAACUGUGGAAUACAUCUCCUUAGCUGAAGCCCAGUCUAGUGGCCUCACGAAGAUCGUCAACAACCAGAUCUACAUGAGCGUAGACAAUACCACUGUAAUUGACGCCUCCUCUACCUCCGGACGCAAGAGCAACUGGAUCACCAGCAACAAGCCCUUCACCCAUGGUCUUCUCAUUGGAGAUUUUGCGCAUAUCCCAGGCAGCACUUGCGGUGCGUGGCCUUCCUUCUGGACAAUAAACAACAACCUAGGUGGUGAGAUCGACAUCCUUGAGAGCUUCUCGGACAACACUCAGAACUUUGCCCUAGCAACCCUCCACACUCAACCCGAGCACAAUUGCACCUUCCAAGCCCCCGCCGACACCCAAAUUGGCACCCCCAACAAUGAUGACUACGAUUGCACGCUCCCCGCUUCCGGUUGCAGUGUCACAGGGCCCGUUGGCAGCUACGGUGAUCCCUUCAACGCCAACAAAGGAGGAGUGUAUGCUAUGGACUGGACCAGCACAUACAUCAGGAUUUACUUCUUCGCCAGAGCUAACAUCCCGGCUGAUAUUACAAAUGGAAAGCCAGAUCCUACCAAGUGGGGACUACCGAUGGCCAACUUUGACUCGAAGUAUGGCUCUUGUGAUGUGGGUGCAAGCUUCCCGGAGCAGACUAUUUACUUUGACACAACCUUCUGCGGCGCCGAAGCCGGAACCAGCUCUGGCUCCUGGGCAACAUGGACCGACUGCGCGAAAACAACUGGCGUUUCGACAUGUGAGGCCUAUGUACGACAGCAGCCAGAGAAAUUCGACACUGCGUAUUGGUUAAUCAACUCCGUUAAGGUGUACCAGUAA